UAUCAUAGUCUUGCUGCUCUUCCAAAUUGACCUGCAUCUUGAACGUUUCUAAACAUUAGCGUUCCAUACAAUCAUCACCAAAAGCUACACCACUGCUAAAUUUCGCUCUACCCAGGUUUUUGACCUUAUCAAAAACGGCAAGAUGGCGUCUGCACCACUCAUAGCUGACUGGCAAGCAUUGGCCAAAUCAAAACGAGAAUCAGUCUUCGCCAAAAUCCCAAAAGACUGGCUUCUCCCCACAUCUCAGACAUCUCAAUACACUGAAACCUCAAGCAUCUCUGUACUAGAUGUACCUCGAACAUGUGGUAUUUUGACGGAGAAAGAGCUGGAAAUCACCGAGAAUUAUGAUGCUACAGAUCUGGUCAAGAUGAUGGCUGAGAGGCAGUUAAAGAGCACGGAAGUGGUGAUGGCAUUUUGCAAGAGAGCGGCAGUCGCACAGCAGUGUCUCAAUUGUCUUACAGAGAUUAUGUUCGACGAGGCAUUGGCUAGGGCGAGAGAGUGUGACGAGUAUUUGGAGAAAGAGGGAAAGGUGCUAGGACCACUGCACGGGCUACCUAUCAGUCUGAAGGACUCUUUCAACGUGCGGGGCGUACAAGCAACACUUGGAUAUGUAUCCUUCAUCCCGCAUCCCCCGGCCGUCACGAACUCGGCCUUGGUCACCGUCCUACACUCCCUCGGUGCAGUCUUCUAUUGCAAAACCAAUCUCCCCCAAACCAUGAUGACAGCAGACAGUCAAAAUAACAUCUUUGGGCGUACCUUGAAUCCCAAUAAACUAUCGCAUACCGCUGGCGGCUCCACUGGUGGUGAGGGCGCACUCAUUGCCAUGAAAGGCAGCAUAAUGGGUGUAGCCACAGAUGUUGCCGGCUCGAACCGCAUUCCCGCCAUAUGCUGUGGCGGCGCCUCUCUGAAACCCACGGCAGGCCGCGUUCCCUUCGCCGGUGGAGCAGCGGUCGGUCGUCUGGGCUCUCCCGGCUCAGUACCCGUAGUCAUUGGCCCCUGCGGCCGCACCACCCGCGACUUUGCCCUAUUUCUCCAAUCCGUGAGUAGUACACAGCCUUGGCGUCUCGAUCCGAAUAGUCUGAACGUACCCUGGCGUUCUGUGCAGCCUUCCACGCAACCCUUACGCUUUGGACUAAUCCGUGGCUGCAAAGAACGACCUUUGCAUCCACCCAUUGCCCGAGCGCUACACUCUACGGCUAUGAAACUGAAGGCUAAGGGACACGAGAUUGUACUUUUGGACGAGAAGAUACCAGAUCUGUACCAGACAUCCAUGCUGGCGUGGAAAUUCUUCAUGCUUGACCCCUGCAAAACACCUUUCCAGUACAUCAAGGCGAGCGGUGAGCCGCUCAUACCAUCGAUCGCAACAUGCGGAUUCCCUGAAUUGAAGGAUUGGCAAGCGAGUCUGGAUGAGCUGUGGGAUAUGAAUGUAGAGAAGGGCCGUAUACUCAAUCAGUUCCACAAACUCAUGGUUGGUGAGCUAGCAGAAGGAGGCACUAUGCAGAAAGGACUUGAUGCGAUUCUCAUGCCAGGAUAUCAAAGCGUGGCACCAAAACAUGACACUUAUGGUCUGCCAAUCUACACCGUCGUCGUCAAUCUGCUCAAUUAUCCAAGCGGCAUUCUGAACGUGGGCAAGGCUGACAAGGAGCAAGACAAGGAGUUCGUGAAGGAGGGUGUGAUAUACGAGCCCCCAUAUGAGCCAGAGGAGUGUGAAGGUUUACCAACGCAUGUACAGAUUGUAGGAAAGAGUAUGAUGGAUGAGGAGCUAGUCGAGAUAAUGAAGGUAGUAGAGAAGCUUCUGUAAUCACAGAGAUAUACUAUACUAGCUAACAAGUCUAUUCACCUAUACAAUUCAUGUACACAAUUCACGUAACGUGGCGGAUAAGCGAGUCGCGCACCCCACUGUAACGGUUCGAGUACCUACCGAACCAACAUCCGAAAGAGAUCCGAACAUGGGCACGAACUAGCCUAGGGCAGAUCUGCUGAUAUAAAACCCCACCCGUUCUCCAUAGUAGCUCAAUAGAUUUUUGAUAUCCUUUCGUACAAGGCCUAUAGGUGUCUAUUCGAACUAAGGCUCGUUUAAUGUCCC